AUGUACUCUUCGCUCAAAGAAUCUGGACUUAGAGCCGGUGACUGGGCCGUUUUCCCUGGUGGAGGCGGUGGAACAGGCAUCCAGGGGAUACAGCUGGCUUGUGCCAUGGGUAUACGACCCGUGGUGGUUGAUACUGGCGACAGUCGCCGAUCGCUCUCGCUCAGCCUUGGUGCUGAAUAUUUUGUUGACUUCUUAACGGAGGCAGACCCAGUCAAAAAAGUCUUGGAAAUCACCAAUGGGGGUGCUCACGGCGUGUUUGUUAGUGCUGUACAGGCUUAUCCGGUCUCGCUUGGCUACCUUGGUUCACGUGUCGGUGGGGUGGUUAUGUGCGUUGGACUCCCACCCAAGGGCAGAUACCACAUUGAUACGGAUCCUACCCAGCUUUGCUUGAGAAACCAAACAAUCAAGGGUACCUUGUCCAGCAGUCGGAAGGAUAUAGCUGAGACACUAGACUUUGCGAAACGAGGAAAGAUCCAUCUCGAGCCCACCGUGGUUGGAUUGAGCAGGUUCAAUGAAGCCGUCCAAAGGCUGAAAAACGGACAAGUUGCAGGACUUCAACCUUCCGUAAACGAGAAAUUUGAUCCUACGAAGGAAAUCAGGGCGGUUUUUCACCUCCAUGAGUCCACCAGUCAUUUCGCCGAAGUUCUCUUUGACGACGAAGGUCUAGCUAGCUAG